AUGGUUGCAAAAAAUCGCACUCCUUCUAACAAGAAGGAUGAUAAGGAGUUAAAGAAGAAGUUGAUUGACGGGAACAAAGAUGUGGAUCCUCAGCUAUGGCAUGCUGUUGAUGGAGGAAUGGUGCAAAUUCCACAAGAUAACUCUAAAAUCUUCUACUUUCCUCAAGGUCAUGCCAAGCAUGACUAUCAAUCUGUCACUUUUCCUGCCGACUUCAUAAUUCCAUCACAAAUUCCAUGUAGAUUUGCAGCUAUCUAUUACAGGGUUGAUCCUGACACAGAUGAAGUGUAUGCAAAACUCAGGCUUGUUCCUCUGCAGAUUAGUGAGGCUAGUUUUGAUGAUGACGAUGUCGCUGGCAUUGAUAACAUGUCUGAAACAAAUAAUAGACAUCGGUCUUACACGAAAACCUUGACAUAA